UCAGAGGAUGGGUGGAGAGUGGGCUUGGCCGGAACUAAAUUGGUGGAGGUAAAAGGGGAACGGAGGAUCUUUAGCAUUGGCCCCUUCGGCCCAGCAAACCCACUUUAUUUUUAGCCGAGGAAAAGCUGCAGGGGGAGGAUUCUUUUUAGAAAGUCUGCUCUGCCGGCCCUGAUUUUUGGGUUGGAUGCUUGAGAGCUUUGUUUCCCUUGUUCUAAGGGUGGCCCAGCUGGGGCUGAAUCGACUCCCUCCCUUUUCGCCUUCCUCCCCAUUUUCCAGCCAAGAGAAAAAGGGGAGGUGGGGGGCCGAGAAAGAGAAGGCAAGAGCUAGUCGCCUGGCGCGCUGUCAGACAGGGGCGGGUGUGAGGGGAGCAGCUGUCUUGCGAUCAGCUCAGGGGUAUGAACCUCCUGGAGGACGGCAUGAGCUCCGGACACUUCAGGAGUCCUCAGCUAGAGACAUGGGCGAUAUGGAUCAACUCAUAAACAACUUGGAAGUCCAACUUAAUUCAGAAGGUGGCUCAAUGCAGGUAUUCAAACAGGUCACUGGUCCUGUUCAGAUCAGAGAUCCCACUGACACAGCUGACGGAAGUAAUAUGACAUCUCCACCACUCCUGGAUGCGAGCCCGAUGGAGAACCCAGCCCUAUUUAAUGAUAUCAAGAUUGAGCCCCCAGAAGAACUUCUAGCAAAUGAUUUCAACUUGCCCCAAGUGGAACCAGUUGAUCUCUCCUUUCACAAACCCAAGGCUCCUCUCCAGCCUGCUAGUAUGUUGCAAGCUCCAAUACGUCCUCCCAAGCCACAGUCUGCUCCCCAGGGCCUUGUGGUGUCCACUUCAACAUCUGAAACGACCACUUCAGCAAACAUCCCUACUAUUCUGACUCCAGGUUCUAUACUGGCCUCCUCUCAGGGGACUGGUGGCCAACAGAUAUUACAUGUGAUUCACACCAUCCCCUCAGUCAGUCUGCCAAAUAAAAUGGGUGGACUGAAGACCAUACCAGUGGUGGUGCAGUCCCUGCCCAUGGUGUAUACCAGUUUGCCUACAGAUGGAGGCCCUGCUGCCAUUACGGUCCCGCUCAUUGGAGGAGAUGGCAAAAAUGCUGGAUCAGUGAAAGUUGAUCCCACCUCCAUGUCUCCACUGGAGAUUCCUAGUGACAGUGAAGAGAGUGCAAUUGAGAGUGGAUCUUCAGCCUUACAGAGUCUACAGGGACUCCAGCAAGAACCAGCAACAAUGGCCCAAAUGCAGGGGGAAGAGUCACUUGACUUGAAGAGAAGACGGAUUCACCAAUGUGACUUUGCAGGAUGCAGCAAAGUGUACACCAAAAGCUCUCACCUGAAAGCUCACCGCAGAAUCCAUACAGGAGAGAAGCCUUAUAAAUGCACCUGGGAUGGCUGCUCCUGGAAAUUUGCUCGCUCGGAUGAGCUCACCCGCCAUUUCCGGAAGCACACAGGCAUCAAGCCCUUCAGGUGUACAGACUGCAACCGAAGCUUUUCUCGCUCUGACCACCUGUCCCUGCACCGCCGGCGCCACGAUACCAUGUGAACUCCAUAGGCCACACUAGAGGAGCUGCACUGGUCUCUUUCCUGUGUGUGUGCUGAGGUCAAGACCAUAUCUUCCUCUUUGACUUCAACUUGCCUCUGGGAUGGGGUUGGAGGAUCCUACUGAGCCAGGUUGUGGAGACUGGAGAAAAAAAUAGCUAGUCUCCCAUGGGGCUCUUCAUAUUCCACCUUCACCUCUCCACUAUCCAGACUUCAUUUUUUUCAACCUCCGCAUGGGUUGAAUUCCAGUGCGGCACCCAUGGCUGCCCCUGCCCCAAAACCCCUUCCCUGAAAUAGACAUUUUUCCUACAAUAACAAAACAGGAAUCAAACUCAAGGCUGUGAACAAACAUACGCUGCUUUUUCCCUCUAUUUUUUCUCUUGUUUUCUAUA